UCAUUGGUCAGAUUUUGUAGGUAGGUCUACAUGAUGGACGGUUCUCAGAAAAAAGGUCUGAAGGAACAGAGGCCUCUCCACAUUGUUACCCCUCUCCUGGAAAGCUGGAAGCUCUCCAUGGCUGCAGGCACCACUGUCUUCCUGAAACUGGAGAAUGUCCAGCCCACUGGCUCCUUCAAGAUCAGGGGCAUAGGACAUCUCUGCCAGGAGGUGGCCAAGAAAGGUUGCAAACACUUUGUGUGUCCCUCAGGGGGAAAUGCAGGUGUGGCUGUCGCUUAUGCUGCCAGAAAGCUGGGCAUUCCAACCACUGUUUUGUUGCCCAAAGGUGCCAACCCAACUUUGCUUGAGAGGCUGGAGAGGGAAGGGGCUGAGGUGCAGAUCGUGGGGAAGGUGUGGGAUGAAGCCAAUCUGAAGGCCCAGGAGAUGACCAAAGUGGAUGGUUGGGUCAAUAUUCCCCCCUUUGAUAACCCACUGAUCUGGGAAGGCCAUGGCAGCAUAAUUCAUGAACUCAAGCAUACUCUGGGUACCCGGCCUGGUGUCAUCAUCCUCUCUGUAGGGGGUGGGGGCCUCCUGGCUGGUGUGGUAGCAGGAAUGAAGCAGGUGGGCUGGCAGGAUGUGCCCAUCAUCGCCAUGGAGACCCGGGGGGCUGACAGCUUUAACCAAGCCAUCCAGGCUGGGAGACUUGUCACCUUGCCUGACAUUACCAGCAUAGCAAAAUGUCUGGGUGCCAAGACAGUGGCUGCCCGGGCACUGGAGUGUGCCCAUGAGUGCCAGAUCAUCUCGGAGGUGGUAGACGACGUGGAAGCCAUCGAGGCCGUUGAACGCUUCCUUGAUGAUGAGAGGAUGCUAGUGGAACCAGCCUGUGGGGCUGCACUAGCUGCCAUCUAUUCAGGCUGCCUGGGCCGGCUCCAGGCUGAGGGCCGCCUCAGCGCCUCACUGGGCUCCAUCGUGGUCAUCGUGUGUGGUGGGAACAACAUUGAUCGGGCUGAGCUGAGGGACCUCCAAACCAGGCUGGGGAGGAGCUGAGUGGCCCUGCCCUGGGAGGCUCUACUUGGGAUUAAACUCUCCAUCAGACUUCUUGAUGCUGAAAUGAUGCUCUCAGCAAGUGCCUCUGGAGAAAGUGACAUUUGUAGCCCUGCCCUCCUCCUGGAAGCCUUCCCUGAUUACUCCCAUCCUUAGUAUUUCUCUCUUGUCAAUUUUCUUCUUGGUCUCCCCAACUAGACUGUAAGCGGGCAUGUGCCUUGUAUUUUUGUGUCAACCUGGUCAUAGCAGAUAUUCAAAAAAAUUUUGUUAUUUGAA